UGUACAUCAACAUCUUCUAGUACACCUACUACAGUAUUCCUUCAAAAGAAACAAGAAGAUGGUUCUUCGUGUGUAUCUCGAUGGUGCCAACAUCGGCAGAAGCAGGACAUUUGAAGCCGACGGACCACCAGACAUUGACCCCAAACAGCUGUGGAUAGCCUGCGAGAGCUGUUGUGGCUAUUUCUCACAGAAAAACGAUCAUGAGCCAGCAGCAUCGUUUAGGUGCUGGGAAUGGGAAGGGAGCACAGCAGGUUCACGUAGUCCUAGGCAAAAACGCGAAGAUCCUCGUGAAAUGAGUAUUCGUGUGUGUCUUCGCAUGGUCUUCAACGAGAAUACCUUUCGCUGGUUGGGUCGCAAUAAUGCCGAGAACAAGUACUGGACGCGUCUUCUGGACGCUGACGAAGGAAGAAUAUUUGUAUGGCCAGGACUCCGAGUCCGAUCUCUCCUGUGUUGUUAGACUUGAGUGAUUAAAAAUCUUCUCCCCACAGAUUGGAGGUAUCUAACAGCCAGCACUGUCUACCCUGUCAAUCACUCAAACGCCACUGCUGAGUACCUCCUCCAAGCUUUCAUUCUACCUAAAAGCUCCCAAUCGCGAGGACGACGAUGAGUGGUUGCUUGCUCGCGCGAUGGAAGAUUACAGGCAAGGGGACACUGUCAUUAUCGUUUCAAACGAUAACUAUGACAAGUGGAGAGACGACUACGCUACCAUCGUUCCCCGUUGCCUGAUGAAAUACCAGUACGACAACGCAGAGCACAGGUUCACCUUAAAAAAGCAACUGGUGGAGCAGCGUCUCAGUCGGGAGUUCGAUCGUCAGCGCGAACGAGAUGAAGCUAGGGAGAAGGAAAUAAGUGGUGGUAAAAAUAGAGUGAUUCUGCUGACAGCGAAAGAGGCAGCAGAACGGAAUGGUAGAGGCGGACGUGGAAAGAGGGAUCCGUCUUGCAGCUCUAGAAGUACCGAUAAAACUUCAUCAUCCGAGUCCUCGACAUGUGAGAGGAGUAAAACCAGCGGCAGCCAGCGGAGGCAUCGACACGGCUCAAGACCAUCGUCAAGAACGCAGAAAGGCCUCAACAUCUCAAGGAAACUCUCACCACCUCGAUUCAACAAACAACAAAAUCGACAUACGUGCACAACAUCAAGCUCGAGAUCAUCGCCCUUCCGCAAAUACAGAUCUGCUCCACCUGCACGAAGUCAGUCCUCAGAGGAAGAAGAAGAUCGACGUGAAAGUAACACUGACCGUAGAACUCCUAGUCAUGAUAAACACUCGUCCAACUCCAAUGGACGACCAAGAAGUGUAUCUCCAAUUACACCUCCGCCUGCUCGCUUUCAGCCAGAAGACUCCUCUCCAGAUGUAGACGAACUCGCUGAGCGUGUCAGUAGAAUAGACAUUCGCGGUGCGGCAAGUCUUCACAGAGGGAGGUGUCAACACAGUGGUGGUAGUGACGACGCACGCAGUUGUAAACUUGAUAAGCGUGAUGUCGACCACCGACGCAAAGUGGACCACCGACGUGAAGAUGUCGACAGACGAAAUGGCGCCGUAGAUGCGGCGCGGGCAAGACUCUUUGCUGUGUCCGACCAGGGAAAUUCAACUACUAGUUCUCGCCGUGGUGCUGGUAAAAGUCAAUCAAGAACAAGAACUAAAAAGCCGGAUCCUCACUAUUCGUCGUUCCCGUUCUAGAUUGUUCACCCCCUCCACUCUAUGAAUGAUAGAUCCACUCUAUGAUAUAUAACCGCUCGGAGAGCAUCAGCAAUUUCAAUUUUGUCCCUUCAGCGCAUCAAUGUCAAAGACAUCUUUUCAUUCUCAAGAUCGAAAUCAAAAGAGUAAGACUGCUUCAAUUCUCAAUGAUCCGCGCAGGGCCCCCUUUUGUCGCGUCCGCCGUGUUGUGCUAAAUACAUC